AUGAGCGACGCACUGGAUGGAGGAGGCACGCCGCCGCGACGACGACCACGUAAACUACAGAAGCGGCAGGGACGUGGGAGUGUGGACGAGACCUCGCAGUUGUCUCAGCAUGACGACAGCGAGGAGCGGGGACUGUUUGAGCGACGAGAUAGCGAUUUGACUGAUCUGCCUGUCGACGAGCACAGCUUCAUGAAGGCGGAGCAGAACUUCGUGUCACAGUCGGAUGGGGUCAGUGAGGGCGACAGCAUGGACGAGGGGGCUAUGCGGAGGCAGUUGAUGGAUGUCGAGUCCAGCUUCAUUCCGGAUGUGGGACAUGCGCCUAUGCAGCAGGAGGGAGGAAGGUUGGGAGUGGAUGAUACGUAUUUGGAGCUUGGGAGACCCGGGACCACACCGCCACCGGAUCAGAUGUUCGGGAGUUUGAGGAAGACGAGGAGGUCUGGGUCGAGUGGUAGAGAUGCGAGUGAGGAGGAGCCAGAGACGCCCGCUGAUGCUUACAAGACUCCUGCGCCUAGUCUUGAAGAGCAGGAAGAUGAUGAGGAGGGGGAGGAGGAUGACCCCGGGAAAGAGGGCAGCCCUUCCUCGCCUGCUCUGGCUGCAGCACAACGACAUGCGAGAAAUGUGUCUACGGCUAGUUCGAUGAGGAUGACGCCUGUAUAUGCGAGGUCUGAGUCAAUCAUGUCUUCUGAUAAUAACACGCCCGAAUCACGUCCCACGUCCAAAGGCUCGACUGUCACCCCAGGACCAACUUCGCCGAGGCCACAAGAGGUCGCACUACCUGAGUCGGAAGCAUCUUUCCAACCCGCCAGGAACGGCAUGUCGCCACAAAGAUUGUCCCUUCGACCGAGCUAUGGUAGCAGCCGACAAACGAGCCAUCGUUCCACAACCUCUACUGCGACCAUGAACUCAUUGUCAAGCGACGCGACUACCAACGCUGAUUAUGCACUACAGACUGGCGGGGCUAUGUCUAACAGCACUUCUAUGAGAAGUAGCAGAGGUGGCAACUUAUUGCGUCUCCCUAGCCUAGGUAGUGUUGCAUCUUACAUGGACUCAGACGAGAAUUCACAGGCCUUACGGCUCGGCUACAGUGGAAACAUCAUGACAAGUCGCUUCGGCAGUAGACUCGACGGACUCGAUGAGGAGCGACCAGAGACACCGCGGGCCAGCACCGUUAAUCAGCCUCCGACAGAUACCGUUCUUGCUCAGCGCGUGGAAAGUAUUCAUGUGCCGGAGACGGUCGCUAGGGACUUCCGUCUCCGUCAUCGUUUACCGGAGCGACCUGGAUCAUCAGGCGGAACAGGAGGCCAGGAGCGUGCACGUAGAACUUUGACGCUCAAGGAACAGAACAGCAAGAUUGACAAGCUCACCAAGGAGAACUUCGAUCUCAAGCUGAAAAUUCACUUCCUCGAUCAAGCCCUGCAGAGUCGCUCAGAUGAUGGUGUCAAGGAGCUCAUAGACAAGAACGUGCAGUUCCAGACUGACCUAGCCAACGAGCGAAAGGAAUCGCAGAGCUUGCGGCGAAGAGUCCGGGAGCUUGAGCGUACCGUUCAGGAGCAGGAGGAAGGCCUGAAGGAGGCUCUAAACCGCAAGAUGCUUGACGAGGACGAGCGGUCAGACGAUGACCCAACUCUGCAAGCUGAGAUGCACGAGGAGAUUCUGUACUUGCGGCAACAGCUUGAUCAUUCGGAGAACUCUGUUACUACAUUGCGAGAAGAAGUCAUGACUAAGGAGCUCGAGAAACGUAAAAUGGCCGAGCAUAUGCGGAGCAUGGCAGGGACUCGUGAGGAAGCAAAUGCAGGGUUGAAGGAGACUAUGGAUAUGUGGCAGGAUCUACUGAACGCUGAAACUGGUCGAAGAGAGCAGGCUGAGGAAGAUAUAAGGAAGUUGCGAGACGAGCUUACAACGAUGCGCAUAGAACGCGCUUCGCCAGCGCCUAGCAAGAUGCUCAAGCGCCGCAGUAGGCCGGGUACUGCGACAAAUGAGUCGGACUUCACGAAUGGUGUCAAUGGAUCUGCGACAGACUCUUCUGCUACGCUUGCUGAGCAGCUACGACAUGAAAAUGCCGAGCUGCGCCGCGAUCUCGGCGCGCAGACCAGCAUGCUGACCUCUCGAAACCGCGAGCGUGAGCGGCUGCAGCAGGAGAUCGAGGACCUGAAGUUGCUGCAACGCAAGAGUGAUGGUGCGAGGUCUGUAGCUGGCGAGAGCAUAUUCGAGCGAUCUAUCUCGCGAGCACAUCAGCGCGCGCCGUCUCGUGCCAGUGAUCAUACGCAAGUCACCGAAGCUGAGCGCGACGACUGGGACCGUAAAGAAGGGCAACUUCGUGAUCAUAAUGCUGAGCUCAGGCUUAAGUUUCAAGACCUCGAGAGGACGCAUAGCACCCAUCUACAGUAUGUCAGUGCCUUGGAGGGAGACUUUCAGCAGAUGGAGCAGGAGCUUGAGGAGCAGAGUGAGGAUCUCAGAGCACUGCAGACUGAGCGUGAUGAGGCUUUGCAUGCUUUCGAAGACAAGGAGUCUGAGCUACAGAGACUUGAGCAAGAAGCACUGGCUGAGAUUGAUAAGCUCUCAACAGAAAUCGAGGGUAUGGAGGCUCAGCUUGGCGAGGCGCAGAAGCGAGCACAGAAGACGCAGACGAAGCUUGAGCACACGACAGACGGCUACAAAGGCUUGCAAGGCGAGCUUCGCGAGAUCACGCAAAGUGUCAUGGCGCUUGAGGAUGAGAAGCAAGCGAAUGUGCGCACCAUCCAGACCCUCGAACAGCAGCUUGCCGAGGCUGAAGACGAGAUCCAGACUUGGGAACAGAAGUGUCAGGAGAUCGACCAGAAGAACCGAAAGCUGGAGAUCACGCAAGAGAGCUUACAUUCGGAGAUCACCUUCCUGCGCGAGGAACAGGAAGGCGACAAGAUCAAGAUUGGUGAGCUCGAAGAUGCAAUCAAUGCUGCUCAGCAGACUAUACAAGAUGAGCAGGAGAAGUUGCGCGAGCUCGAAGAAGCUAUUGUGGAGGAGAGGCAGCAGAGGGAUGUUUUGGAGAAUAACUCCAAGGAGGAGUUGCAGAAGGUACUGGAUGAUCUCAACACCGAAAGUGGCAAGACGAAAGACGAAGUGCGCAAGCUGAGGCGACAGCUUUCUGCCAAGGAAGUCGAGGCAAGCACCUGGAAGCAGAAGCUGGAGGAUCUGGAGCAAGGCUUCCGGACCGCCCUGGGCGAGCCUGAUGGGACGAAACAAAGCAUGCUCGCAGAGAUCGAGAGGCUGCAGCGCGAUAUCGAAAACACUGCCAACUCGCUCGACAGAGCCAAGAUGGACGUGGCAGACAAAGACCGUCUGCUUCGCCAUCGCGACGGUCUGCUCGAGAGCACUAGUCUGGAGAGCCGAAGACUGUCCGACCUGCUUGACAAGGAACGCGCAAACAGACGACACGAUAUGGAGCAGUUCGAGAAGGCUUCCCGUGGACAAGCUACCCAUAUGCGUGAAGUGGCGCAGCACCAGUCCAAGUUCCUGGAAUUGGAGACAUCGUAUACCUCGGACAAGAGGAAGAUGAUUACGCUUGAGCAGCAGUAUCGUGAUCAGAUCUCGGAGCGAAACAAUCUGCUUCUUGCGCUAUGGAAUCGCCUUUCGACACUUUGUGGGCAGGAGUGGGCUCAGGCGCACAGCCAAGUCAAUGGACAGACUCCUUCGCCUGAAGUCAUCCAGCGAUUCUUGCCCGCUUUUUCGGCGAAUGUCUUGGCUGCUGUCAAGGCGUUAGAAGCACUGAUUGGCAACUUCAAGGUCCGAAUACGUACUACCGAGAAGGAUCUCUGGCGCGACUACUCGACUCUCGAACAUAAUCUCGAUAUUCGUAUCAAGCGGAUGGAUGCGCUGGAGACUGCGGUCACGAACACUCAACGGGCAAUUGCCGAUAAAGCUGCAGAAGAAGCUCAGCAGCGUCCACAGGCUAACCGAUCCAUGAGUAGCAAGAACAUCAAGAGCAGCGAGGAGAUCUCGAAGCUGAAAUCGGAAGUGAAGAUCCUUAAGGCGGAGCUCAAGUUCCAUCGUCAGCAUCCUAGUGCCAUGGCCCAGCAGAUGAUCCAUCAGACCAAUCAGAUGUCGCCUGAGCAUAUGAGGAAAUUGUCUGGUACGGGCAGUAAGGAUAGCAAGAGUGGCGCCUCGCCUGCUCGAACGAUCGUGGCCCAGCUUUUACGGCAUCAUUCCACUUCCGCGGUUGAGCAGCUGCAAGCUCCGCAGCAGACUGAGAUGAGUGAGGGUGUGGCUUCCAGACCGAGCCAUCAGCCUAUUGUGCUCUCCACGCCACCUAUCCAGCCUAGUGAGCAGAGAUGGGCUCAUAGGCUGAAGGAGAUGGAAAGGCGACUCAAGGCAGAGAGAGAGGCGAGAUUGCUGGAUCGGAGAGGUGCGAGACAGCGGCUUGAAGAGGGUAGGUUGGAGAAUGAGGAGCUGAGGCAUAUGCUUGAGCGAGAGAAAGUCAGGCAGGAGAGCUAUGCGGAGGUGGGCAGUAUGGCUGGAGAUGAAUGGGAGGGUGAGGCGAGAAUAGAGGGUACGGUAGAGCCGUGA